AUGAAUGUGUUUCUGCUGCCUAAGAAUUUAUGCCAUAAACUGAACUCACUGAUUUCGAAUUUCUGGUGGGGUACCCAAGACAAAGUUGCCAAGAUCCAUUGGAAAGGGUGGGAAAGCAUGUGUAAAAAUAAGAUAGUUAGAGGACUUGGUUUAAGAGAUCUAGUGGCUUUCAACUCUGCUCUAUUAGCAAAGCAAGUUUGGAGAAUCCUCAAUAAUCCUUCGACCCUAGCAGCAAAAAUUCUCAAGGUUGUUUGCUUCCCAAAUAGCUCUAUUUUGAAUGCAAAUGCUGGUUUAAGACCUUCUUAUAUUUGGAAAAGCAUCCAUUCAGCUAUUAACACUGUUAAAGAGGGUAUGAUAUGGAGAAUUGCUAAUGGUGAAGAGGUUAAGAUAUGGCAAGAUAAGUGGAUUCCAACUAGUGAAUCUAGCAAGAUUAUGUCUCCUGUAAACACUCUAUCAUCAGAUGCAAAGGUUGCUGAGCUCAUUAAUCUUACUACUAGGUGGUUGAAUCUGCAAAUGCUUACACAGAUUUUCUGGGAAGUAGAUAGGCAAUAG